CAUCUCCCCCCCGUUUCCCCCCAGCUGUUCCUGGUCGAGCGCUCCGGUCGCCGCACGCUGCAGCUGGUGGGGAUCGCAGGGAUGCUGGUCUGCGCCGUCAGCCUCAGCGUCAGCCUGCGCCUGCAGGACUCCCCAGGCGCCGGCGCCGUCAGCCUGCUGGGUGUCUUCCUGUUUGUGGCCUUCUUUGAGCUGGGCCCCGGCCCCAUCCCAUGGUUCCUUGCGGCAGAGCUUUUCCCGCAGGGCCCCCGACCAGCGGCCGUGGCUUUGGCUGGAGCGGCCAACUGGGCUGGGAACUUCGUGGUGGGGAUGGCCUUCCCUGGGCUGCAGCAUGCUCUGGGCCCGCUGGUCUUCGUCCUUUUCGCCGCCAUGUUGGCAGCUUCAUGGCUCUUCGCUUUCCUUCUGCUACCCGAAACCAGGGGGAGACCCUUCGAGGGGGGGGGGGGACGACGACGACAUUCUGGCCCCCCCCCAUCACCACCUGCGCCCCCCCCACGGGACCCCCCCAGCAUCCUUUGCUGGGAGGGGGGGGGGGAAGGGAAAGGAGGAACCGAACUGCAGCCGCUCCGGGGGGGGGAAGAUGGGUGAUGGACCCCUCCCCUAU